AUGACCGACAUCGGGAUACCGAAUCUCAUCCUGGUCUCUGGGCGCCUUGGGCUUCACAAGCUGCUCUGUGGGCACUUCGGACGGCAACAAGCCAUGCUGUGGCUUUCUUCCGCCAACACGAGUUGCUCUCACCCUUCCCAUCCGGAAUGGCUCUCCCUCUCCAGCAUAACCCAAAACAACACCUGGGCCGCGAAUUGCGCGGACACAUACACACUCCGCGAGCAAGGCCACUCAACACGCCACAUCGCACGGAUAACAGGCAUACCGAAAACGACAGUCGGCAACGUCCUGCGGACAGGCCGCAAACCCCCAAGAAAGGAAAAUGCACCCAAGACUCUUUCCGAGGAAGAUGUCGCUCUGUUAGCUCGCGAACUGCCUCAUGACUGGGGGGUACAGAAUGAGAAGAAAGCCAAGGAACUCGGUAUCAUCGCCUCCCGCACUACUAUCUGUCGGGCGCUGAAGAAGUAUCGAUCUAAGCAUGGAAACGCAACUCCGAGCCAGGGCGCCAACAUCUUGCUCGCCGAUGCGGAGGGUGUUGGCGCGGUGUACCUGUAUCAGCUACUGCAAGCCGGAUGUACCGUGACCGCCGUAUGCGGGUCGAAUUACGAUGUCGUCUCCCAGCAAGGCUUCACCAUGAACAGUGUGCGGUACGGCAAUGUGAAGUUUCGGCCUACAAGAAAAGUUCGCAGCAUCGAAGACAGCGCUGGGAGUAGCUUUGACUAUGUCCUUGUCUGCACCAAAUCUUCCACUGAAGCCAGCCACCUCUGGCUGAGCACGGCCAUAGUACUAAUCCAGAGCGGAAUUGGCAUCGAAGAAGAAGUCAAGCAAACCUUUUCAGACAAUGCGAUCAUCAGUGCACCAGUUCGCUGUCCUGCAACCGAGACAGCACCCGGCCAUAUCGAUUACCAGGAGACGCUCAACAUUCUAGAAGUCGGAACGUAUCCAUCAAAUACGUCCAUCGAGCAUAGAGCUACAGCGAAAGAGUUCGCAGGUCUCAUGGUUCAAGGUGGUGGCGGAGCCGAAUACCGACCAGACAUCCAAGUCUUGCGCUGCUCAAGACUACUGAUGGGAGCUGCUUGGGGCCCUAUCUGGGGCAUCAUGCGGGAGAUUGUUCAUCUCGCUAAAGCUAUUGGUGUCCCUAACCUCACUAAGGAGGUUGCGCGCGAUAAGCUGUCUAUUGCGAUGGAGCGAAAGAAAGCUGGCGCUGAAUCCGAGACGAGGAUGUCACAAGACGUGCAAGAAGGCCGUCCGACGGAAGUGGAGACCGUCGUUGGUACGACGGUACGGAUGGCCCGGCAGUAUGGCGUGCCUAUGCCGAGACUGGAGACUGUGUAUGCACUGGCGAAGGGUCGCAAUGCUACCUUGUUGGCAGCAUCGAAGGAUGCGUCUGCCGCCGCGGCAGAUGUUACUCCGCCAGCGAGAUCGAGUACGCCGGCACCGACGAACACGAAUGCGUCUACGCAGACAGUGGGUCGGGGCCCUUUGCCAGAUGGAUGA